CUGGAUUGUGCUCGCAGGGGAAGCAAGUGUGAGGCCGUGACGGCGAUCAAGCUCAGGCAGGUCAUGCAUGUUGUGGCCUCCUCACUCGGCUUCGCCUCCAGCAGCAUCCGCAAGUGCUACCGCGACAAGGGGCUGCUGCGCAGCUGCAUCAACCUCCUCAAGUCGCUCUCCCACGCGCAGGCGCUCAAGACGGAGAUGGGAUUAAAGUGUGACGUCAUCCGCAUCCUAGCCAACAUGUGCUACCGCGAUCGAGAGUCUCAGGACAUGGUGCGAGAGCUCGGGGGGAUCCCGCUGAUCCUGCAAGCGUCCAACAUGGACGAGAACAACCCUUUCUCGCGGGAGUGGUCGAUCUUGGCCGUUAGGAACCUGUGCGAGGGUAACGAGGCGAACCAAGAGAUCAUCGCCGGGAUCAAACCCAAGGAGGUGGCCUCGAUACCGCAGGAGCUCAAAGACAAGGGGAUGCAGGUGGAGCUGGACAAGUCGACGGGGAAGGUGAAGUUGGUGCGCGAUGGGGCGGGCCCGACCGGCACUGGGGGUGCGACACCAUCGAGACUGCAAGACACGGACAACUCGACGAGGACCAUGGUGGAGGAGCUGAAGAACAUGGGGCUACGGGCAAACAUGGAUGAAGACACGGGAUUGGUAGAUAUCAGCCACCCUGACGCCAAGCCUUCUACAUCAGUUUAUCACCCAACUAUAUGACCAAAAAAUGACAACC